CUCAACAGCUCGUGGUGAUCGGACGUGCGUGCGCGUUCGUUCUGUAAUAGAUAUUAUAUUGUCUGUGAAACACCGUCGUCAAGAUGACCGGUCGCGGUAAGGGAGGAAAAGGUCUGGGAAAAGGAGGAGCCAAGCGUCACAGGAAGGUACUUCGUGAUAACAUCCAAGGUAUUACGAAGCCGGCUAUCCGUCGUUUGGCGCGCAGAGGUGGCGUGAAGCGUAUCAGCGGUCUGAUAUACGAAGAGACCCGUGGUGUGUUGAAGGUGUUCUUGGAGAAUGUCAUCCGCGAUGCCGUCACAUACACGGAGCACGCCAAGAGGAAGACUGUCACCGCUAUGGAUGUCGUGUACGCUCUGAAACGCCAGGGCCGCACUCUGUACGGUUUUGGCGGUUAAUUAGUGAUCACCUAUUAUUAUUGUUGUCAUCGUCGUGUGAGCGUUGUGUUGCUACGUUAAAUAUAAGAAUGUGCAACAACAACGACGUCAUAAUAUUACAUAUUAUAACCAACGGCUGUUAACCACACACGAUGCAACGAUAAUAAAUCACUAAUAUUAUAAAAGGCCCUUUUCAGGGCCGCAAAAA